GGGCCAUGGCCAAGCCCUGGGGAAGCCCCACCCUCUGGGACCCCUGAGCUGUGGCACCUGCCAAGCCUAAAGGGCCAGGGCGGGUGGGCUGGGGGACACUGGGCAGGCCAAGCGCCCCGGUGCCGGGUCCCUGACUCUGUCUGGCGUGACCCACCUUUUCUGCAGCCGCCAUGAACCGGCUUCAGAACAUCAGGCGCAUGGAGCCAUUCCAGGGACCCUCAAAAUGGGUCCCCACACUAGGCGAGCUGCAGAAGACCCUCCAGAGGGGAGAGUACCUGCCCCUCCGCCCGCUGCCCAUGUUCGAGAGUAACUUUGUCCAGGUGACCAAUCGAGGGGCCCCCGUGUACGUGCACCACAGAACCAACGGUGUGACCAUGGGUGUGGCCGCCUCCCAUCCUGGCCUGGUGUUGCCAGACAUCCUGCUGAUCGCUCAGCCCCCGGAGGGCAGGGAGUGCGCCAACCUCGUCCUCACCAGGAUGCUCCCGCUGGACCUGACCCGCCUCUACGUGCAUGACCUGUCCUCCUGGCGCCUGAAACUGCGCCUGGCCACGGGCCGCUGCUACUACCUGGAGCUGGAUGCCCCCCGCAACGAGGCUGGCUUCCUGUUUGACCGCUGGAUCCGGCUCAUCAAUCUGCUCCAGGAGCCCGCCACCACCUGGCUCCCCAGGACCCCGCAUAGGCCCGCCAGGGACCCGGCCAGCGUCAAACCUCCUGCCUCCACCUGGCACCUACAGGACCAGCCCCAGUCCGGACGUUUGGUCAUGACUGUGGAGCCCAACUUUCCUUACAAGAUGCUGACACUUCAGAAACAGAGGAAGGCCAGGACCCUCAAGCGCAAAUUCAAGUCUCAGGCCGUGGGCGACUCUGUGCCUCUCAUCUGGUCACAGCAGGAGCACGCUGAGCCUAGAAAGAAAUCUGCAGAGAAGAAGUCCCAGCGAAACCUCCACCCUGACACAUCUCAGACCCAAAUCCAGGUUACCGAGAAGCCCAGCAUCACCAUCCGCACCGUUUUCAGCAUCGUCUCCAACACCAUCAACCACACACAGUCCUCUUCCAAGUGUUGCUCUUCUGACUCAGACACGGCCACAGUCCUGGGCGGUUUAAUUGAGACCCCCAUCGGCUGUGCCUCUGCAGACACCCCUGAUAUUUCCUUGCUGGAAUCCUAUGAUCCCUUCAACACGUACCUGUGGCAGCAGGACAUUGAAAACCUGAUGGACCCCGAUACCAGCACCUUGUCCUUGUCCUCCUUCUCCCCAGCCACCUACCCUCCCCGCUUCUCCCUCCCAGCCGCUUACUCCUCCUCCCACAGGCGCAAGGAAAAGGCCCAGGCUCUGGGAUCCGGGCAGAGGCAGCGGCCUCCACCCUCUCAGAAGACCGCAGCUGCCCGCGUCGCCGCUUGGAAGGUUCCAUUCCUCCGUGACCAGUCCAAGAGGGUCUCAGCAAUGCAUGAUCCAUCCCAGAAGAUGUCGACUGCACCCGGCCCACCCCGGGGGCCCCCAGUGGUACCCGCUGUUACCCAGAAGACCCCAACAGUACAUUGCCCCCCUUGGAAGGCCCCACCUGUAUCCGUUACUUCCCGGAAGGCUGCAGCCAGUCCUGGCCCGGCCCGGAAGGCCCCACCUGUAUCGCCUACUUCCCGGAAGGCUGUAUCUUCCUUUGUCCCAGGAAGGAAAUCCGUGUUCCUACCUGCCCCAUCCCAGAAGGCUCUGACGUCACCUACUCAACAGCAGAUGACACCGGACGCUGCCACUUUGGGCACGUUGCCCACGGGAGGUCCUAGAGGGCGUGUGCUCGAGAGAAGCCAGCGUGAGGGGAUGCCAGGACCACUGAUGUUUGUGGGCACCCAGGAGAUGGACCUGAUAGAGACAAGGACCCAGAAAACAUCCCAGGACCUGCCUUUUACCACCACCAAGAAGGAGUCGGAGGAGGUCGUGCUCACCAAAGCCCUGAAGAUCACCCUGGAUGGCUUGAAGGGCAGGGGCAAGUUGGAGGACAAGGUCCACAGAAAGAAGGAGGAGAUAUCCCUGGACAAGCCUGGCUUAACCUCCCAGACGGUGGGGCAACAGCAGAAGUGGCUCAAGACCCAGGAGGUGGUCAUCCAGGGACCCCCGGAGGAGCAAAGCAGGCCGUUCUCGGUGGAGGGGCUCACCCUUGCCAAGCUGAUGAUCAUGGCCAACUCCAAGGAACCGCCCCUGAGGCCAGCAACAGUCAAUCCGUCCUCCUGGCUCUCGAACCCCCCGAUGCCUGACAUGUCAACAGUCAGCCCCAGUGAGGUGCCCUUGCCGCAGGGGACACCAGAGGUGGUUGGAGAGCAGUCCCUGUUUGGCACCUGGGUGAAGGAGAGAAUGCAUCCGUGGGCUGAAGGGAGCAUGUAUCACUGGGUAGAGGCACAGCCCCAGGUUCCAAAAGAGGCUUCCGAAGUGCCUGGCCUCCCCAGGCAUGAGGCCAGCAGCCUGAUGAUGGACAAUGUCCCCCCAGAUCCCAUCAGUCUACCUGCAUCAAGGUGGGAGGAGGCACCCCUGUGGCCCAUCUCCCUGACCCCCAUCUCAGAGAUGAAGGCCAGUGUGUUCCAGCAGCCAAAGAGAGCAUCUCUUGAGCCCGAGAGGCAGUCAGACCAGCUCGAGGGGAGGUCAGACCAGCUCAAGAAGACUCCAGACCAGUUCGAGGGGAUACCAGACCAGCUUGAGAGGAUAGACCAGCUCAAGAGGAUGUCAGACCAGCUCGAGGGGAUGUCAGACCAGAGUCCCCUGGCCAUAACAAAGUUGUCCUCUGAUGUCAUCUUACCAACGCUCGUAGAAAAUGAGAAUAUGAUGGACAUGGCCCCCGAGGUGGAGGACAUAGAGGAACUGGGUGUCUACAGUCCUUCAGCCAGCAUACAGAGUUCCCAGAGCCUUCAUUAGCGGGAUUCGGGGGGAGACCAUCUCAAUCGCCAAAGUGUCCAAAGGAGCCCAGCGCGACCAGGCCCCCAGGGUGCUGUGCACCUGUACCGUAAGAAGCAGGGUGCUGAAAAGUCCGGGCGGGGGGAUGCUCCCUCUAGGGUAGAGACCAGAGCUAUCUAUACGUUUAUAUAUUGGGGGGCGGGGGGCGGGGGAGAGCCCGCGGAGCGGCC